CUAGCACAGCUGACAUGGUUAAAUUGAAACAUGGAUUCAUUCACUUCUAUAUUUAAUAUUAUCUGAUAUAUAUUCAUUUUAAUGGGCCAACAUUCAUAAUCAAGAAAAUGCACAAGCUGAAGUCUUCUCAAAAAGAUAAAGUUAAAAAGUUCAUUGCUUUUACACAAACUGGGGAAUCUACAGCUAUUUAUUGCCUUUCACAGAAUGAUUGGAAAUUAGAUUUGGCUUCAGACAAUUUUUUCCAAAACCCAGAUGUCUAUUACAAAGAACCCAAAACGACUGUUGAUCGGAAGAAAAUUGAACAACUGUUUACUAAAUACAAAGACCCAUCUGAACCAGAAAAGAUGACAGCAGAUGGUAUUAUGAGGUUUCUCGAUGAUCUCAGUCUUAGUCCUGAUUCCAAGUUAGUCCUUAUUAUCGCAUGGAAAUUCAAAGCCGCCGCUCAGUGUGAGUUUUCUAGAGAGGAAUUUGUCACGGGAAUGACAGAUUUAGCAUGUGAUAGUGUUGAGAAACUAAGAGCCAGACUUCCAACAUUAGAAAAUGAAAUUAAAGAUAAUCUGAAAUUCAAAGAUUUCUACCACUUUACUUUUAACUAUGCCAAAAAUCCUGGGCAGAAAGGUCUUGAAUUAGAUAUGGCCAUAACAUAUUGGAAUAUCGAACACCACAAGCGGUCAAUACCGAAAGAUACUUGGAACUUGUUGCUUGAUUUUGCCUCAGUUAUUAAUGAAGACAUGUCAAAUUAUGAUGAAGAAGGUGCUUGGCCUGUUUUGAUAGACGAUUUUGUUGAAUGGGCUCAGCCUCAGGCUAGAGGAGAAUCGCCUCACUCCACACAAGCGUAGCAUCAAAAUGGCACCGAGCACCAAAUUCAACCAGUUUCUCUAACAUCUAAUAGAAAGCGCAUUUAGACAAAUGCUGACGAUACUUUUAUUAUUAUUGUUCAUAUUUCGAAGGACUUGUCAUCUAUUUUCAAAAGCCUCUUUACGAUGCUCUGUUUUCAGUCUCAGUUAUCUUGUAUAGCAGCAAUUUGCAUUACAUUUGAAGUACUUUUCAUCAAAUGAGGGUCUAGAUUUUAUGAUGUAAAAGAAGCUGAUUCCUUUCUUCUGAUGUGUAAAUACAGUUAUGAGUAGUCUUGUUUUUAACCUCUCACUAAGUGAGCUGUUAUAAUAAAACAAUUAUUCUUCAAUAAUCAAUCAAAAUAUAAAUGAAUUUUUGAUGGUUAUUUAUACAAUAAUUUUCAAUAUAUAGAGUAGGUAGUGGUUGUAAUUUAAUUUGUCUUUUUUUUUUGUUUUUUUAGUUGAUGGAUAUCUAUUGAAAUUGUUUUAUAAUUUUAUAUUCUCACUGUUUGUACUAGCCUUGAGGUUAUUUAUUGUAAAAUAUUGUUUGGCUUAAGAAUUUAAUGUACGUUGUUAAAAGUAGAUGGUUUAUGAACAUUUUUGUUAAGUAUAAAAUUUAUUUACUCUCGAUUAUAUUUAGAAAUAGUCUACUAGAUGGCUCAUAGACUGAAAUUAAUUAUUUAUAUAGUUGUUAAUGCCAAAAGGCGUUUUAUUUAAAGAAAAAGUCAACAGCCAACAGCUCAGCUGUAUAAUUUAUUUACCAAAAAGAUAAUUUAAGUUUAAAACUUUAAAUCUUUGGCAGUGUUAUAAAUCAUUGUUUAUAAGAGAUUACUAAGUGAUCUUGGCUUCCAAAUUUACUUUAUUAUUUCAACAUUAACAAUAAUCGAGUGUUCGAAGAUAUAUUAAAAGUAUAAUAUUAAGUUGUCUAAGAUCCUCAUUAAGCAUAUGCUGUUUUAAAAAUCAUGUUUCUUGUUUCGGUAUCUCCAGAUUAAUGUGAAUUUUAAUAGUGUCAUCUUAAUUUAUAAUGGUGUGAUGAAUUUUAUAACAAAUUAAAUUUGUUAUUUGAUUUUUUUAUAAACAAUAUUAUUAAUUAAUUUUUGUUCAACUUUAUUUUAUAAAAAAAAAAAUCUAAUUAAUUAAUGGUUCAUAUUGAACUUUUUCAUGUACUUCAGGGCAAUUUAGGAGCAGCAAUUGAAACUGUUCUUUAAAAUAUAUUUGUUAAGAACCAUUUUCCCUUUUUUAUUAUUAUAUUUCAAAAUAUUCUUUAAUUUCUUGUGAUAAUCAUAAGAUUUUACGAUUGUUAUAAUUAAUUUAAAUGAGAAAGAAAGAAAUUCUAUUUGGAGAAUCAUGUUGUAACUAAAAUGUUAAUAAUUCAUUAAACUCCAUUUUUGGAGGAUGUACAAACAAAAUUUAAUUAUAAUUCAUGUGAUUUAUAGUAUAAGAAUUGUUUUAUUUAUACCCUUAUAUCUGAGCCAUCAAGUGGAUGGGUUAUAAGCACCCAGGAGGAAAUUUUACCAGGCGCUC